AUGUUCAAGUCAACAGCAAUUCGGCGCACGAGUGCUGCUGCACGGCGAGUGGAUGAGGGCAGAAUACAUAUACAGCUGCGAGAGCUACCGCGUUCAGCUCUCCCCGCUGACGUGCGCAGACUAUGCAUUCGCGACAAACUUCUAGGUGUAACAGAUGUCGCCAUCGACUACCACCGCUUCCUCCCCACAGGCCGAGCAUACCUCACCCUCACUCAUCCUGAGCAGUUGUACAAGAACCUACAAGCCCUCGACAAAUCGUCCGUGGGAAGUCUACCAAUUCACGCCGUGUCAGCCCCUCCUCCACAAUCCAACCCUGGACGAGUGAACAGGAACGGAACGCAAGGCAAAGUUUUCUCUGGCAAUGGUCCUCAUGGCGCUAUUCACUCUCGCAUGAAGCAUGUCGUCAUCUGGGGCUUUCCGGGAAAAAUGUCUGAACAAGCUGUUGGAAAUUAUCUGCGUGAUUUUCGACUGGAUGGUGUGGACGGUAAGAGUGGGGCCGUGAAGGUGGAGCUGCCGACCAACACAUUCUCCUUGUAUUCGCGGUACUUGGUUCGGCCUACGUCAACUGCUGAAGCUCACCAUGUUGUCCGGCAACUACACAUGACAUAUUAUGAGCCAGAACACUGGGGAAGGAAAUACCAACUACGUGCUCGUGUCGUAUACUGA